GAGAAAUCCUACUUUUGUACUUAAGUAAAAGCACCAGCACCAUGGAGCUGCUCUGCCUCGAAGUGGACAUCAUCAUACGAGCUCGUCCCGAUCCGAAACUCCUGUGCGAUGACAGAGUCCAGCAGAGCUUGUUGACCAUAGAAGAGAGGUUUCUACCCCAAUAUUCCUAUUUCAAAGGUGUCCAGAAAGAUAUUCAGCCGUUUAUGAUGAGGAUGGCCGCUACUUGGAUGUUGGAGGUUUGUGAAGCGCAGACGUGCGAGGAAGAAGUUUUUCCUUUGGCCAUGAACUACUCAGACAGAUUUUUAGCCGUCGUACCCAUCAAAAAGUGUAACCUGCCGCUGCUGGGAGCAGUGUGCAUGUUUCUUGAAUCCAAGACUUGUCCAUUAACCGCAGGGAAGCUUUGCAUUCACACAGAUAACUCCAUCAGACCCAAAGAACUGCUGCUCAAAACAUCACACACUAAACACCAGGGCAGUUCUGCUUUCACUCAAGCUGUUGUACCGUCUCCACUUUGGACUGCAGCGUCAUCAAGGUCAAAGGGUUUCCAGGCCCUGGGUGACCUCCCUGUGUUCACAGAUUUGCAUAAAAGACUUGACACACUGUCAAAGUUUGUCACUGCACAGAAAGAUAAACUGAAAGAAAAGGAAUUGAUUAUUGAUUUUGAGAAAAACUUGGACUCCAAAGUUGAGGUGGAUCCCAACACAGUUGCAGCAUGUCUCUGCCUGUCUGAUGGAAACAGAGAGAUAUCAUGGAGCGGCAGUCACCAGGCUCAUCCUGAUCACACUGAUCGAUUCACCUAUCCGCCCAGGCUCUGGGCAAAGUCAGCCUGACUGGCAGACACUACUGGGUAGUACUUAGAGAGGAGCUGGCAGUUACAUGUUUCGUUUGGCAGCAAGUGCAUUUAGUGCAGCUAAAUGACUUAGCAGCAAGAUGGAUGGUGGAAAAAAAUGGGAAGAGUGGAGCAGAGAGGGAAAGAGAGAAAAAAGAAAGGCGCUAGCUUGCAGGAGAUGCAAAAAAUGGGAAUUGAAAUGCUUGAAAUGUGAUAUUUGCAAUGUUACAGUGACCGUUUUCACAAAACAGCCAAUAAUAAUAAAAGCAUAAAAUGAAAAUAAAUGUUAUUGUUUAUGUAGCCGACUGCUUUAACACUAUUCUCAAAUAAAGAGUCAAACUUUUUAAUUUUUUACUUCGUAAACACAUUAUCCAGAUGGGUUUUUUUAAUGCACCACUGUACAUAGUUUCCUUUUCUGUUUACUUUGUAAUGCUGUAAUAUUGAUCAUUGGUGUACUGUAAAUUGUGAUUUAAGGUGUUGUUAUUGUUUCUAUACUUACCAACCAGUGACUUGAUGUAUUUCAAUGAUUAAAUCUUUUAACUGAAA